AUGGGAGGAGGCGCACGGCAACGAGGUGGAAGCUUCAGGGGACGAAGGCACUUUUGUGCGGUGAAGGAAAAAAAGGAAAUGUUGGAGUGCAUCAUCGACACCAACGCCGACAUUGACGUGCUCCUCCGCGAGCUGCGGCGAUUGAAGGAGGCGCCGAGAGCGACGGCCGCAGCGCCGGCUGCUGUGCUCUCAUGGGCUGACAUUUGUGCGGACCCCGCGCUUGAGGAGUUGUUUCAGGAGCGGCUCUCAAGUGUGAUGAGCGCCGCAAAGAAGCAGCGUACCAUUUACUUCCCGCGCGAACGUUUGCUGAUUGGCAGCAACGGCGAGGUGGAGGUGGAGCUGCUGGCGCCGCACCUCCGCCUCCUGCCGGAGAGCACGAUGCACAGCAAGUCCAGGCAGGAGGAGCGCCGGGCGGCCUUCAAGGAGGCGAGGCUCAGGGCGUUGGAGGCGCACAAGGAGAAAAUGAUGCAGCUCGUCAUGCAGCGCAUUGAACUGCCGGGCAGGGCGGGUGGAGGUUCCCGCGCGCCAACUGCUGCCGCUGCUGCGGCGGCGGAGGAGGCAACAGGGGCCGACGCCGAUGCACCACCCUCGCCCCCGCUUGACGGCGACGGCGCGGAGAGUGACGGCAGCCUCCCGCCCCCGCCACCCCCCGCAGCAGAGACCGACGGCGACGACGUCGCUGGGGCUGCGUCGGAGGGGGCCGGUGCGGAGUGCGACGACGAUGACGACCCUCCGCCACCGCCACCGCCUUUGGAAGAAGACGAGGAUGACGACGACGAUCCACCGCCGCCGCCGCCGCCGGAGUAG